AUGAACCGCUAUGGAGUAAUGAGGCGCCUACAAUCCCAAAGCCUUCGAGUUCUCACUAUACUCCGCUACCACAGCACUACUGGAGAUACUAUUGAUAAUAGUAAUAGUAAUGAGAAGGAAAAGAACUGUUGUAGUUGUUAUUCUUCUUCUUCCUCUUCUUCUUCUUCUUCUUUGGGAACUCAUAUCACCUCCAUCAUCCAGUAUGAUAAUACGAAAAAUAUACCAAUGCAUAAAAUGACUAUGCGUGGACGUAUGGAAGCCUCACGUAUUCGUGGGAAACUUGCCUUUUUACAUCUUCGUCAACCACCCUUUCACUCUAUACAAGUUGUGGCCUCAGGUGGAAGUAUUGUUCAAGUGGUAAAGGCCAUCACACCAGAGUCUAUUAUUGAAGUAACGGGUAUUAUUAAACAUGCUGAACGUCCAAUCACAUCUACAACGUGUGUACAUUAUGAACUUCAUGCAGAAGAAAUUCAUGUGAUUAGUCGAUCUGCUACACCUCUUCCAUUUCCAUUAAAAGAUUGGAAUACCAAACUCGAUACACGACUAAAUCAUCGAAUUAUAGAUAUGCGUACACCACUAACUGCUUCUAUGAUGCGUAUAGUAUCCGUCAUUUGUCAGAGUUUUCGUAAUGAAUUACUUACAAAUGACUUUGUAGAGAUUCAUACACCGAAACUCAUUGGAACUGCCUCAGAAGGAGGAAGUGCGGUGUUUGGAUUAGAUUAUUUUGGUCAAUCUGCCUAUCUUGCCCAAUCACCUCAAUUAUAUAAACAAAUGUCUAUCAUGGGUGAUGCUAUGCGGGUAUUUGAGAUUGGUCCGGUAUUUCGUGCGGAGAAGAGUCUCACACACAGACAUCUCACAGAGUUUAUUGGUUUAGAUGCGGAGUUUGUGAUUGCAAACGUCUAUACAGAAGUAUUGGAUGUGUUGGAAACUAUUAUGUGUGGAAUGCUUUAUCAUAUUCAAAGUGAACAUGCCGUAUUACUACAACAGAUUCAGGAAUCAUUAACUAAAAUAGAUGCCAAUGAAAAUACAAACUCCAACAAUAAUCCUAAUAAUAAUAAUAAUAAUAAUAAUAAUAAUAAUAAUAAUAAUAAUAAUAAUAACAGUGAAGAAAAACAACAACAAAGUACAUCACGACGUCAUUUAACUUCUCCUCUUAUUUGUGAAGUUUCUGCAGAGACGAUAGCCACUUAUGCUUUACCCGUAGAUAAUGGAACCAUAUCAAGAGAGGGAGCAUCACUUGAUAAAUAUAAUGCACGUAUUGGUAGUGGACCACGAAAAGUAUUACGCCUCACCUUUGAAGAUGCGGUACGACUCUUACACGAUCACAAUGUAUGUGAACAAACGAUAACAGAUUUUACUCUUCCACAAGAACGUCGUCUUGGGGAAUUAGUGUGGGAACGUUAUGGUGUAGAUAUGUACAUUGUAGAUCAGUUCCCAAGUAGUACCAGACCUUUCUACACGAUGCCACAUCCAUCUAAAGAAGGGGUAACGUGUAGUUUUGAUAUGUAUAUUCGCGGAGAAGAGAUCUGCAGUGGGGCCCAACGUGUACAUGAUCCGAUCUUAUUAUUAGAGAAGAUUACACAACAAGGAACAGAUCCAGCGGAUAUGAAAGAUUACGUGGAUGCCUUUCGAUAUGGGGCGUGGCCUCACGGUGGGUUUGGAUUGGGAUUAGAGCGGAUUGCACUUUUCUUAGUUGGGGCAAAAGAUAUUCGUCAAGUCUCACUCUUUCCUCGAGAUCCGAAACGUCUAACACCGUAA